AUGUCUGUGCUCGGUCUCGCCCUUCCGGUGACUUUCACCGACCACCUCCCGGUGAACUCCCGAUCACGACACAGACCGGUGGUUCAAUGCUCGAACGAACGCCAGAUACUGUUCAACCGCAUUGCUCCAGUUUACGAUAAUUUGAAUAAUCUCUUAAGCUUGGGUCAGCAUCGGAUUUGGAAGAAAAUGGCUGUCUCAUGGAGCGCAGCGAAAACUGGAGAUUAUGUGCUUGAUUUGUGUUGUGGAAGUGGAGAUUUAGCCUUUCUCUUGUCUGAGAAAGUUGGUUCGAACGGAAAGGUGAUGGGUCUGGAUUUCUCCUCUGAGCAACUAGCUGUUGCAUCAUCGCGACAGAAUCUUCGAGCGAGGUCUUGUUACAAGUGUAUAGAGUGGAUUGAAGGUGAUGCUCUCGAUUUGCCUUUUGAUGACUGUAAAUUCGAUGCUAUUACAAUGGGUUAUGGUCUUAGAAACGUUACCGAUAGAGACAGGGCAAUGAGGGAGAUGUAUCGGGUUCUGAAACCAGGUUCGAAAGUAUCCAUACUUGACUUUAAUAAGAGCAACCAACCCAUUGCUACGUUUAUGCAGAAUUGGAUGAUCGACAAUGUAGUUGUCCCGGUGGCUAGCUUUUAUAGUCUUGCAAAGGAGUAUGAAUAUCUGAAGUAUUCUAUCAAUGGGUACCUAACGGGACAAGAGCUAGAGACUCUUGCUCUAGAAGCUGGCUUCUCAAGUGCCCGCCAUUAUGAGAUAAGCGGUGGUUUCAUGGGGAAUUUGGUUGCUGUGAGGUAA